GUAAAUACCCUCCGCAGAGCCGCUUUUGCGGCCAUACAUCCCUCCCUUGGAGGUCUGGGGCGCUCCCACGGGGCUGGCAAUAUCGGCCGCUUUAUCCACAACGGCUUCCUCCAGGGAAAGUGCGGCCAAAGGCAAUGAAAGGAACAAGAACAACAUCACACGGAAACAGAGCAUCUGAACACGCAUGAUUACCUUUUUUCCCACAAAUGAAUUGUGAAUCGGGAGAGAGCUUCUCUCGUAUCCUAACAGAAGAAAUGGGAACGCAGGACGCGAACGAGUUGCGGCGGACCAUUGGGGUAAACGAUAACUUUGUGGUUGGCAAGGCGGACGGCGAGUACAGUUAUUUCCACUAUUUCCGAGAUGGCCCGCGAAUUGCGCGUCGCGUUCGGAUCUUUCCGCUUACGUGGGAGAAGGCUCACCCAGCCUUCCGCUUUGGUGGGAUCACGGACUUCGGAUUGGUGUCCGAUCGCAACGUUGCCAACGAGAUUCGAUACGCCAGUUUUCAAAAUCCGUACUUGCCGCGGUUGCAGGGUGGGCAGAGCAGCGACCCACGGACUUGCUUGAGUUCUGGGACAAAAGUAGGAGGAAACGUCGGCCAAUCCGCUGUUGGAUCCGAAGCUAUGCGAUUCCGUAUUGACAACGACGCGGCGGAACUCGGUGUUGAAGUGAAAAAUGUCACGGAACAUGUAAGCCAAUUUCAACGAGCACGUGAGCUGCGUUCCAUGACAACCGGAAUGCGCAGACCAGAGUGUUCUACGCUGACAACCAUCGUGACGCCUGCAGUCGUGUGCGCGCCAAAUUUGCCUUCUCUUGCGGAGCCAAUCCUUGGACGUCUGGGCCUCAAAGAUGUGAAAUCGGGCACGCUGUACGG